ACGAAAUUUUGCGGUUGAAGCCGCGCCAUAAGUGUCAACGGUCUCUCCUGUAAUCUCUGUUAGUGUGAAGUAAAAAACAUUGAGAAUCCAGCUCUCCUAAAUGCCGGAUAAUUAUUUAAAUGAUUACCAAAAAAUACUUUGUUACCUUAUUACAUUGUGAGUCACGUAAUAACCACUGUUUACAUUCAAAAUUGGAAAGUUCUGGGGAAGUCAAUUAUUGAGAGAGCUUUUGACGAAUGGGAACAAAAAAAUGAUGACCAUAUUGGUCUAUCGUCUACGAAGAGAUUAAAUAAAUUACUCUACCAAAUUGAAGACAUCUUGAGAUUCUCAUAUACCCCACAGAAUUUUUAAUUCUCAAUUGAACAUAAUUUUAGAAUAAACUUUUAUUGCCAUGAAUUAUAAUAAAAUAUACUCUGAGGAUGAGGCCAAAGAUAAUUCGAUAAAACUUCUUUGCUUUAACUUGACAAAGUACAGUGAAAGAGUGAGAUUCAUCUGCUGUUCAAUAGGAGUAUUUUUUUUCUACCUUCUGUAUGGAUACCUUCAGGAGUUGAUAUUCACAUUGGAUGGAUUCCGACCCUAUGGUUGGUACUUGACUCUCAUACAAUUCGCCUACUACACAUUAUUCGGAUGGCUGGAGUGCAAAUUGAAAGGGAUAAAACGAAGAAUUCCCCUAUCGACUUACAUGAUGCUUGCCCUGCUCACACUAGGAACCAUGGGCUUCUCCAACUCCUCACUAGAAUAUUUAAACUACCCCACCCAAGUGAUAUUCAAGAGCUGCAAGCUCAUUCCCGUGCUCAUCGGUGGAAUCAUCAUUCAAGGAAAACAAUAUGGACCCUUGGAUUUCCUAGCUGCUGGCCUCCUCUGCAUCGGGCUAGUUCUAUUUACCCUAGCCGACAGCAUGGUAUCCCCUCGCUUCAGUAUGAUCGGAGUGGCCAUGAUCAGCUGUGCUCUCCUGUGCGAUGCAAUUAUUGGAAAUGUGCAGGAGAAAACCAUGAAACAGCACAAGGCAACCAAUACCGAAGUUGUACUUUAUUCAUAUUGUCUAGGAUUUUUCUAUUUAUUAGUGAUUUUGAUUGUUACUGGGGAGCUUCAAAAGGGUGCUGCCUUCUGUUCUGAUCAUCCCAUGGAGACAUACGGCUACGCCCUCUUAUUCUCCCUAAGCGGUUACCUAGGAAUUCAAAUAGUGCUGACGCUUGUGCAAACUAAUGGAGCAUUCGUGGCAGUGACGGUGACGACCUGCCGAAAGGCAAUGACAAUUCUGCUGAGUUUUCUUUUCUUCUACAAACCUUUUACAAUGCAGUACGUAUGGUCAGGUAUGAUAGUGCUUCUGGGAGUCUACCUGAAUGUCCACAGCAAGCAGCGAGGAAGUGGAAUCAAUGUGAAAGGUCUCUUAGUCGCCUUCCAGCAGUGCUGGUCAAGGCACAAUAGAAUUCAACAGCAAUUGAUGACAAACGUGUGAUAAUUUAAAUAAAUCAAAUUUUCGACAAAUUUAUAUUGUUUGUUAUGGAAUGCCUUUAUUAAUUAAUUCAUCGAUGAUGAAAGUUUACACAAUAACAGACAUUGGGCUAGAGCUAAUAUAAUUAACUAUAAAAAAGCAAACAAAAAGAAGAUUAUCCAUAAGAUAUGGGAAAUUGUCGAAUGAUUUAUGAUCGAUUGUUGUCGGGUUGCUCAAAAAAAAAAGAAAAAAGAAAUGAUUGAGGAGAAUUUAUUUA